AUUUUUUUCCAAUUUACGGGGAAAUUUUCCCAAUAGGAGGAGAGAUCUCGCUACUCUCCCCCAAUUGGGCGGCCACCAAAUAAUUUUUUACUGAUUUGAUCUCUCAUAUAAACUCGGUCGUUUUCCCAAAAGAGUCGUUGUUAAUCAAUCAGCAAAGGCCAGAGAGUGCGACAGAGAGAGAGAUUGAGAGAAAUCCUAUAGAAGAUGGUCAUUGAGAGAAGAGAGACAAAAGCCGGCAUGGAGAUAGAGAAACGAUGGUCACUUCAUGGAACAACUGCUCUCGUCACUGGAGGCACCAAAGGCAUAGGGAAAGCCAUUGUUGAAGAGAUUGCGGGACUAGGCGCAAAGGUGCAUGCUUGUGCUCGAAACCAAGCAGAUCUUGAUGGAUGCCUGAAACUAUGGAAGAGCACUAAUCUUGAUGUGAGUGUAUCUGUUUGUGACGUGUCCUCGAGGGCUGAGCGGGAGGAACUCAUCAACCGGGUCUCUUCCCAGUUCCAGGGAAAGCUCGACAUAUUGAUUAACAAUGCAGGGGAGGGACUGUUUAAAAAAACGAUUGAAUCGACGGCAGAUGACUUCGCAUUUACGAUAGCUACCAAUUUCGAAUCUGCGUUUCAUCUAAGCCAACUUUCCUACCCCCUUCUAAAGGCAUCAGGUGGCGGCAACAUUGUAUUCAUUUCCUCUGUUGCAGGCCUUGCAGCUGCUCCAGGUGCUGCCAUUUAUGGAGCUGCAAAAGGAGCAAUAAACCAGCUGACGAGAACUCUAGCUUUGGAGUGGGCAGGAGACAACAUUAGAUGUAACUGCAUCGCACCGGGUGCCAUUAUGACCCCAAUGACAUUGAAAUGCUUAGCUGAGAAGGUGAUUCCACCAAUCGAACACUUCGGAAUUCCAGUAGGCCGCGCCGGCGAACCGGUGGAGGUGGCUGCUACGACGGCGUUUCUUUGCAUGCCGGCAGCCUCUUAUAUCACCGGCCAAGUUAUAGUCGUCGACGGCGGAUUAACCAUGCGUGCAUGAGGCUACCCACCUCUUCUACUUAAUUACUUGUAGUGUUUUAUCUAUUUAAAGUAAAAUAACGCUGUUGGACGCCAUUAGAUAUACUUUCUAUCGCAUUGUUAAACUUCUCUUAAUCCUUAAAUAAAUGCCUAUUAUGUUACAUGUUAUU